AUGGCCGAGCAAGAGCAAGAGAUGGAAGGAGUCAAUAAAGAGCUUACAGAUCUACAUGGGAAUAUAGGUCAAAUCAUGGAGAUGUUGCAAGUAAUAUGUGCAAAGAUGGAUACUCAACCCACAAUUUUUUUUAAGAUCGUCAAUCCGGUGAUUACUCCUCAGCCAGCAGUUACUACUCCAGCAACUUGGCCUCCCUUUGGUCUUUCUUAUGGUUUUGUGCCUCCUCCUCAAGGACAAUUCACUCAACACACAGUUCCACUAACUACUGAAGUUAAUCAAGUGAUUCCCACUUUUGCACCCACUGCCAUGCACACUCGAGUUCAACCGUACUUCGAUGAUCAUCAACAAGUGUAUGAUAUACCUGAUAUGUCUGAAGAAGGUGAUGAAAGACAUGAAAAGCUGAGAGAAAAUGUUGAAACCAUUGAGAAAAGGCUGAGAGCAAUGGAAGGUGAUCAGAUCUUUGGUGCUGCUGCCAGAGAAAUGUGCCUUGUAUCUGGAUUGGUGAUCCUCGCAAAAUUCAAGACACCCAACCUUGAUCAACAUGAAGGAGCUACUUGUCCCAAAAGUCAUCUCAUCAUGUAUUAUAGAAAGAUGGAAGCUCACAUGGACAAUGACAAACUCAUGAUCCACUGUUUCCAAGACAGUUUAAUAGGUGCCUCUUCCAAAUGGUACUUGACCCUUGAUCAGACUCGCAUCCGUUGUUUCCAAGAUUUGUCUGAUGCUUUCAUCAAACAAUACAAGUACAACAUGGAUCUAGCUCCUGAUAGAAGGCAAUUUUUGAGCAUGUCCCAAAAGGAUUCUGAAUCCUUUAAAGAAUAUGCACAAAGGUGGAGAGAGACUGCAUCUCAAGUGGAACCUCCAUUAACUGAAAAAGAAUUGGCAGAUUGGUUCAUCGACACAGUGCGACCAAAUUUUUUUGAAAGGAUGGUGGGAAGCGUGACUGCAAGCUUUUCAGACUUGGUGGCCGUGUGUAUCAAAGUGGAACUUGGCUUAAAAAAUGGCAAGAUGAUUAUUGCAGCUAGUAAUUCCAACAAUAACAACAAUACCAAGAAAUUCUCUAGCAAUUUCCAUAAGAAAAAGGAAGGAGAAACAAAUGCAGUGAUGGGUAGUAGAAGAAAGAACCAGCCUUGGAAAAUGCAACAAUAUUUUGCUCAACAACAUUAUGUUCAACAACCACAAUUUUAUCAACAGUCGUAUGUAGCAGCUAUUACACCAACUUUCAAUCAACAAGUCCUAGUGCAUCUGUCGACUCAAGCAGUUCCGAUCUUUCAAACAACACCCAACAUUCCAACUUAUCAACAAGCGCCCAACGCUCCAGCUUAUCAACAAAGGGCUCCAGCUCCACGCCAAAAUGCUCCAUUUCAAAAUAGAAGACAAGGUGGAAAACCUCUGAUUCCUCCGAUUCCUAUGUCUUACACUAAAUUAUAUCCGUCAUUGUUGAAGAAAGGGUUAGUUGUUCCGAGACCUUUGGGACCUCCACCAGAUCCUCUCCCACCAUUUUACAAUCCCAAUUCACAUUGUUUAUUCCAUGAAGGUGCCCCAGGGCAUGAUUUGGAAGGUUGUUAUGCCUUAAAACAUAUUGUGAGGGAAUUGAUUGAGAAGAAGAUUCUUUCAUUUGGGGAUACCAGUCCGAAUGUGAAAAAUAAUCCUUUGCCCGCUCAUGGGUCUGUAAAUGCUAUUGAUGAUGAGACUGAUGAAGGUCUAAUUCUUGAUGCAACCAAAAUCAAGACUCUGCUCAUAGAUUUUCAUGCAAAGUUAGUGGAGGCGGGUUUAUUGAAGAAUUACCAUAAGAGUUAUGAAGAAUGUACUAUUUAUUGGUCCUAA